ACUUCCCUCCUCCCUACCUCACUCACCGCGCCGGUCACCGCCAACAGAACGGCAGCCAACGGAGGUCGUCUCUCCUUCCUCCGCGCCGACAGUCUCCGCUCUCCUUCCUCCGUCUUGGCUCCUCCGUGCUGUGUGCUUCGCCCGUCUUUGCAUCCUCUGAUUGCGUCGUCUGUCUCCGCUCCGCUGCAGGUUGUGCUCGUGCUUCCCCUCCGCUUCAGGCUGAAGCUCCAAAGCUGCUCCGUCGCUUACUCUGCUUCUGCUUCUGUAGGGUUUAAGCUUUCAAGAACUUUGCACCUUUCUCAAUCUCCACUCGUCAACCAUGUGGGCUCUUCGUCGAGCUUCCAUUCGUCUUAGUCUCAGGAGCCAAGGAUUUAGUCUAGGAGCAUCUACUGCUUCUUGUAUCAAGCUAAUGCCAACUGCUGUGGAAGAUGGGGCUGGUAUCAGUGGAUCUUUUCAAAUAACACGAAGCAAAGUUCUGUCAACAAUGACAUGUUAUCAUGCAGGUCAUUCUUCCCCCAAAUUUACUAUGAGCAGACGUGAACUUUCAUCACAAGCUGAUGCAAAUAGUACGAACAAUGACGAUGAUUUGGAUGAAGCGCUGUCGUAUGAGCUGCAGACACGAGGGAUUAAUGACGAAGUUGAGACUGACUUAGGCGAUGAUGAUGAGGAUUUUAAGAAAUCACACGACGAGAUGGAGUUAUCUGACAUUGAGAUUGAUCCAAUAGAGAAAAAAUCACAGCGUAGUAAGCGUCUGUCAAAAAUAUUCACGGCGAUUAUUAAAGCUCCAGGAUUGUCUGUUCGUUCGGCUUUGGAUAAGUGGAUUGAAGAAGGGAAAGACAUUAGUAGACAAGAAAUCUCACUGGCCUUGGUUAAUCUCCGGAGGCGUAAAAUGUAUGGGAGGGCUUUGCAGCUCUUCGAGUGGCUAGAGUUAAACAAGAAGCUUGAAUUCUUAGAGCAGGAUUAUGCUUCUCGACUUGAUUUGAUUGCUAAAUUACGUGGUCUGCCAAUGGCAGAGAAAUUUAUUGACAGUGUUCCAAAGUCUUUCAGAAGGGAGUUGUUAUACCGAACUUUACUUGCUAAUUAUGUUAGUCAGAACAAGUUGAAUAAGGCUGAGGCAACAUUCAAUAGAAUGAAGGACUUGGAUCUACCUCGUACAACAUUUGCUUGUAACCAAAUGCUUCUUUUGUAUAAGAGGGUUGACAAGAAGAAGAUAGCAGAUGUGUUAUUGUUGAUGGAAAAUGAGAAUGUCAAACCUUCUACGCUUACCUAUAAAAUUUUGAUAGACACAAAAGGGUCCAAUGAUAUUGCUGGGAUGGAGGAAAUUGUGGAGACAAUGAAGACAGAAGGCAUUGAACAAGACUUGCAAACACAAGCAGCCUUGGCUAGACAUUACAUCUCUGCUGGGUUUAAUGAAAGAGCCGAAGCUAUAUUGAAGGAGAUGGAAGGUGAAAACGUGAAAAAGAAACAAUGGGUUUGCCCUACUUUGCUCUGCCUUUAUGCAAAGUUGGGAAAGGCUGACGAAGUAGAGAGAAUUUGGAAGGUCUGUGAAUCUAGCCCUCGAAUUGAGGACUGCAUGAGUGCAGUUGAAGCAUGGGGAGCAUUAAACAAAAUUGAUAAAGCAGAGGAAAUUUUUGAGUUUAUGUCGAAGAAAUGGAAACUCUCUUCUGGUAACUAUAAUGUACUCCUGAAGGUUUAUCUUAAUCAUAAUAUGCUAUUGAAGGGUAAGGAUCUUGUUAAGCGAAUGUUAGAUAGCGGCUGCAAACUUAACCUAUUGACAUACAAUGCUCUUGUCAAACUUCAUGUCCAAGCUGGGGAAGUAGAAAAGGCAGACUCUCUCUUGCAGACCGCAAUCCAGCAGAACCGAAACAAGCCAUUGUUUGAUACUUUCAUGGCUAUUAUGGAAGAGUAUGCGAAGAGCGGCGACAUUCAUAAUGCAGAAAAGAUUUUCUACCUAAUGAGGAAAGCUGGCUACAUUUCUCGAUUCACUCAGUAUCAAGUUCUAAUCCAAGCGUACAUAAAUGCCAAGCAGCCAGCAUAUGGAAUCAGUGAGCGGAUGAAAGCCGAUAACAUAUUUCCAAACAAAGCUAUGUCUAAGCAAUUAGUUCAAAUGAACCCAUUUGAGAAAACUGCAGUUUUGGCAUUGCUUGAUUAAUGACAAUAGCCAUGAGAGGGUUGCUUCUGUACUUCAACAUGAAACUAAUUAUUUAGUUAUAUAGGUUCAGGAUCCUAGAGUUUAAGUGAAUUUGCAAAUUUACGGUCGGCUAAAAUCUUAUCAUAUGCAUUAGUCCAAAUGCAAAUGGAGUUCUUGGGAUGGUCCUUAUUAAAAAUACUGAGUCAAUUUGUUUUCUGGAACUAAUUUGUAAGCUGGUGAAGGAUAUUUGAGGGGUGGGGACUAUGUUGGGAGUUUCUAUUUCUCAAGUUAUAUCUGAUGCUGAUUUAUCUAA